CGUGAUAUAAAAAAAGAAGUUCCUCACCCAUCCCGCGGCCCCAUCACUGCUCCCAUUUCCGCACGCAUCGAUCAACGCGACACCGCCGGCGAUGAGCGCGAAGCAGCUCUGCGACGCCUUGGCCGCCGCGGGGUUCGACAGCGGAGAUCCGCUCGACCCGGAGAGCCUCGACUGGGCGUUCCUCCAGGGAGACGACUCCAGCCGCGUGCUCGCGUGGAUCGCCGCCCGCCUACGCCGCGCCAACGUCCUCUCCGCCUCCGACCUCGAACUCUAUGAUCAGCUUGAACUAGAAGGGAAGCUUUUGGAGGGGAAGGACUUGGAUUCCGCUUUCGACAGUAUUUCGGUGUUCUCAGAAAUUGGAGAGAACCAUGAAUACACAUUCCUGUCGGAAGAAAGUCUGGGAGACAUCCGCGACUCAAAACUAGCACUUAGAGCUGAAGUUUCUGAUUUGGAAAAAAAACUCGCUUCUAUGGAAUGGCAGCUUGAUUUGCUUACAGCACAAGCUACCACCAUCACGCAGGGAAAGAAAUCCCGCACAUCUGCUAAAACUAGCGCAACUGGAAAACUUGCGAGAUUUGAUGAGGAACUUGCCGAGAGAAGUUUAGAGAUGAAUGCAGUACUUGGAAAACUUGUUGCUACGAUCCAGGAGUUGUCUUACUAUCAUUCAGAAGCUGAUAUUGGCGUCUACCUGUCAUACUGUGAUUUCCAAUCAUAUGUAAUCAGUAACCUGGCUUGUACCAAAGAACUUAACACAUGGUUCACUAAGAAGUUUGAGAAGGGAGCUCUCCGUUUUGUUGCCAAAGAAGACAUGCCAAGGGGAGAUUCUGAAAAGCCUCAUCAUUUUGUCGUCGAACUAAAGCGAAUUAAUUCAGUAUUUGCUAAAAGUAAAAAACAGUACAUCGAAGCACAAAUGGAACAUGCUAAUGAGGAGGCUACACUUUCAAAGCUGAGAGCUCAGUUGGCAUCCCAACACUCAUAUAUUCAUGAAGACAUCCAUUCUCUAAGGAGGAGAAAUUCUGAACUUACAGAAGAGCUGAAGGUUCUCUCCCUUCAAGUGCAGGAAUGCCUAUCUGAGACUGUCGCAAGCUUGUGUUCUGACCUGGCUCGACUUGAGGGUGCAAAUAUUCUGCAAGGGGAUCAUAACUUGAUUGUUCAUCGCCAGGAAUGCUACAUAAGCCAGCAAAAAAGGUUCAUCAAUCAUUUGGUGAAUCAGCUUGCUGCUCAUCGGUUUCUGGCGAUAGCCUGCCAGCUUGAAAGACGGACAAAAAUUUCGAGUGCCUAUUCAUUGUUGAAAGCUACAGAAAUGGAGCUGCAGAGCUACGUAUUAGCUGUCAAUAGUCGCCUGGUAUUGGACCAAUAUCAUCUAAUUGGCGAAGCCGCGUCUAGCAUGAUCGAAGAAGGGUCUAUUGAUGACCGGGAUACUUUUCUCCAUGCUGUGAGGGAUAUUCUUAGCAGUUACUCAGGUUCUCAAACAAUGACACCCACAUAUGUUUCAGCAUGUGCUUUGGUUGAGCAGAUAUCUGAGCUGGAGGAUGAGCUCCACUGUUAUCAGCAUGAGCUUGAAAAUGUUCUUCCACGUGAACGGGGAAGGUUUAUCGAUGAACAAUGCAGGAUGGUCCAAACACUCGAACAGAUUUUAUCUGUACCCGUUACACAUAUGCUACCAAAAUUUACACCAUGGCCACUGGCGCAAGCACUUGAAGAAUUGGAAAUGAUCAGCUAUGAAGUCUCUGCUUCUGUUAAUGAAGUAACGAUGGCUCGAGAGGAAAAGACCAAGAUGUUACAGCAGCCUUCACGCAAUGCGCAGCAGGAAAGACGAUUAUUCGCCGAUUUCUUCUGCCAUCCAGGACGGCUUGAGAAUCAAGUCAGAGAGCUGACUUCUCGUGUUAGAGGAAUCCCGGAGUAAUGUUGGGUAGGGUGGUCAAUAAGGCAAGUGUAGAGUCUUGUUUGCAUUCUUGUCUUGCUCAGCUCGAAGUCUUUCCCCCAGAGAUUUUUUUUUUUGGAGAAACACAAGACUUUAUUCAUUCAAAAUAACAAGUAGUCAAGUACAUCGUUUACGAGGGUACAAUUUCACCCGAA